AUGGCCGCCCAGAAAGAAUUAUCUGACGCUGACAAAAACGUCCGCGGGCGAAGAGGGCACCGGAAAUCACGAUCGGGAUGUGCCAACUGCAAGCUUCGCAGUGUGAAGUGUGACGAAGGAUUCCCAGAGUGCGGUAAAUGCUUGUCUUUUGGUGUCCGCUGCAACUAUGACUUGAGAAUUCCUGACCUCCAGCCUCGAUUCAACAUGGCGACUCGGAAACUUAAUGGCAAAACCCAGACUUGCAAUGCCCUCACAUCUGCGGAGGGAUCGAGAUUGGAAUUGACUGAGCAAGAUCUCAUCCGCUUAGAGAGAUUCAAGAUAAGGACUGCGCUGUCGCUUGGGCCUCCUGAGUUGAGGCAAAUUUAUGACAACGAGAUAUAUCGAUUGAUAUUAAGGCACCCGUUUCUAAUGCAUAUCGCGCACACGCUCACUUUAAUUCAUGAUAGAUAUAGUUUAUCAAUACCUGGCCAGCGGACAGUAGAGGAAAUUCGUCACUGGAGUAAGGGUAUCGGUCUCUUUAACAAGAAGCUUUCCGUACCACUCCACCCAGCUGAUCGCGAUGCCAUUUGGGCUGGAACCUCUAUGCUAGGCGUAAUAACUUUUGCCUCAAUUGAUUUCCCUACUAGAACUGACGAAACCUGGCCUCUUACUUCGCUUCCAAAGGCCGAGCCGGAAUGGCUCAAAAUGGUACAAGGCAAAGCGUCAUUACGGCAACUCAUCAAGCCCGAUAGACCAGAUAGCAUGUUCUAUAGCCUAUCUUCUGCUAUCCCGACAGUUAAGCUCGCACCGGAGAAUAUACCUUUAGCAUUUAUAAAAUUAUAUCAACUCGAUGGGAGUUUUGCAAACAACAAUCCAUAUGCUAUUCCUGUAAGAGUCAUAUUCGCCGCAAAAACCAUCGAAGAAUAUCCAUCAUCAUCAGCAACAGCACUAUUCUACGAGUUUAUCUAUUGUAUACAGAAUGAAUUCAGCCAUCUGGUAUUGAAUAAGGAUCCCCGUGCUCUCUUGAUUAUGGUGUACUGGUACUCGAAAAUCUGUACUGGACAGUGGUGGCUCAGAAGGCGCGCUUUGAUAGAAGGUCGUGCAACAUGCACCUUUUUGGAGAAAUAUUACGCCCAUGACGCUGCAAUCCAGGAUCUUUUGAGGCGCCCUCGGAACUAUUUGUUCCAGAUUACUUUCUUAAUUUAA